AAUGACCAGUCUCAGGUUGGGAUCAGGCAGAAGCGUAGUCGAGAACAAGCCAAGGUCGGUAAUGAGCAGUCGCAGGUUGGGAUCAGGCAGAAGCGUAGUCGAGAACAAGCCAAGGUCGGUAAUGAGCAGUCACAGGUUGGGAUCAGGCAGAAGCGUAGUCGAGAACAAGCCAAGGUCGGUAAUGCGCAGUCGCAGGUUGGGAUCAGGCAGAAGCGUAGUCGAGAGAACAAGCCAAGGUCGGUAAUGAGCAGUCGCAGGUUGGGAUCAGGCAGAAGCGUAGUCGAGAACAAGCCAAGGUCGGUAAUGAGCAGUCACAGGUUGGGAUCAGGCAGAAGCGUAGUCGAGAACAAGCCAAGGUCGGUAAUGAGCAGUCGCAGGUUGGGAUCAGGCAGAAGCGUAGUCGAGAACAGGCCAAGGUCGGUAAUGAGCAGUCGCAGGUUGGGAUCAGGCAGAAGCGUAGUCGAGAACAAGCCAAGGUCGGUAAUGAGCAGUCUCAGGUUGGGAUCAGGCAGAAGCGUAGUUGAGAACAAGCCAAGGUCAGUAAUGACCGGUCUCAGGUUGGGAUCAGGCAGAAGCGUAGCCGAAAACAAGCCAAGGUCGGUAAUGAGCAGUCGCAGGUUGGGAUCAGGCAGA